AUGGAUCCAUCACAAUAUCCUUUUGAUGUUGAAGCUUACAAAAAGCAAUGUGAAAUUGAAGAAAGGUAUGUCUUCAACCGGUUUAAGGAGCGUCGAAAGAGAAUAGAAGAAGACUAUCGACCCCGUGGCGAGAGAAAAUAUGUGAAGAGAGAUCAUGCCGCAGCAAAUCAAAGAUUGAUUGACGACUACUUUGCCAGUCAGCCAACAUACGAUGAUGCAAUGUUUCGUCGACGAUUCCGGAUGCGAAAACAUGUUUUUCUUCGGAUCGUUAAGGACCUAUCAAGCACUGACAACUACUUUACCCAACGAUUUGACGCAGCCAAUAAAGAAGGUAUAUCUCCUUUAGCAAAAUGUACUACGGCUAUGCGAAUGUUAGCAUAUGGUAUGGCUGCAGACGCGGUGGAUGAAUACAUCAAAAUCGGAGGUACUACAGCUUUAGAGUGCUUGCGUCGCUUCUGUAAGAGAAUCAUACAACUGUAUGAGGGAGUGUAUCUUAGAGCUCCAACUCAAGAUGAUCUUCAACGGAUUUUGCAUGUUAAUGAGAAGCGAGGGUUUCCAGGGAUGAUUGGGAGUAUUGAUUGCAUGCAUUGGGAAUGGAAAAAUUGUCCAAAAGCGUGGGAAGGUCAAUUUACUCGGGGAGAUAAGGGAACCACCACUGUUAUUCUUGAAGCUGUUGCAACUCAGGAUCUAUGGAUUUGGCAUGCAUUUUUUGGAUGUCCGGGUACGCUGAACGAUAGAAACGUUCUAGACCGUUCACCAGUGUUCGAUGAUGUUGAACAAGGAAAUGCUCCAAGAGUGAACUUCUCCGUAAACCAGCGUCCAUAUAAUAUAGCAUAUUAUCUAGCUGACGGUAUUUAUCCUUCUUAUCCUACUUUUGUCAAAUCAAUUAAGCUUCCUCAAAGUGAACCAGACAAGCUAUUUGCACAUUAUCAAGAGGGAUGUCGGAAGGACAUCGAACGUGCAUUUGGAGUAUUGCAGGCUCGAUUUAAGAUCAUUCGUGAACCAGCUCGCAUGUGGGACAUCGCUGAUUUGCAAAUCAUCAUGAGGUCAUGUAUCAUAUUACAUAAUAUGAUUGUUGAGGAUAAGCGAGAUACAUAUGCUCAGCGAGAUACAUAUGCUCAACAGUUUACUGAUUAUGAUCAGUCUGAGGCAAGUGGGUCAAGUACAACGCAACCAUUCUCGACCCAGGUGCUGCAUGCAUUUGAAAAUUAUGUGCGUGCUAGAUCUGAGUUACGUGAUUCAGAUAUACAUCAUGAAUUGCAAGCAGAUUUAGUCAACCACAUAUGGACGAAAUUUGGAGUGUUCCACAAUUAA